AUGAUAUUAUUGACAUUCUUCAAGCAAAAAUAGAUGAUCUGAUGGAUCGCAUUUCGUUCCCAUUGACUGAGAAAGAAUAAUAGAAAGCAAACUCAAAUUAUUCAGUAUUUGUAAAAUCGUCUAAAAGAAUUACAUAAAAAAAUGACUGGUAGAGAAUCAGGGAGGAUUAAAGAUGCAAUUCAAAAACGAAUUCUUGAUGAAGAAGCGAGGAAUCGCAGACAACGGAAGGCUCUGGAAGCAUUGGAGCAAGAUAAUUUUCAUGAAGAUCCUCAUGCUGAUUUGGUGAUGAAUAAAAAAAUUCCAAAAUUUGAUGACACUAAGAAUGUAACUCGUAAAAGGAAAACAAGAUCUGCAGAAUAUUUCAAAUUGAGAUUUAGAAAAAAUUUUGCCCAACUAGUUGAAGAAGAUUUGAAUUAUAAUCCUACAGGACCAAAUUAUACAACAGCUCAAGCUCCACCUUCUUGUUACCCUGAUAGACAUUUUUGUGCAGUGUGUGGAUUUCCUAGUGACUACACAUGUCUACCAUGCGGAGCAAGAUACUGCUCAGUCAAGUGUCUUGGAACACAUCUUGAUACUAGAUGCAUGAAAUGGACUGCUUAAUGACUGUACAUGUCUGUCUUAUAAUUAACAUUAAGGUUUAAUUUAUGCUUAUUCCCAAUGUUUACAACAUUUUUUUUUUAAAUCAUAAAGAAACUGCCCCUUCAUAUUUUUUGUAUAACAGGCUAUAUGAAGUUAUUCCUACAUUUUGUACAAAAAUUAAAAAAU